AUGCAGGGCAGCAGCGGCACGGCUGACUUCACAUCCGGCAGCGGGGGCCGCACUGGCACGGCCGGCUUUCAGCCCGCUCGUUCCGCCGGCCCUGGUCGCGGCAUCUGGAACGUGGCCAGGAUGCAGCGGCAGCUGCAGUCGUUGGGCCUGGCGGGGGUGGCGGCCUAUGGCAUCUUCAACACACUCUACUACAUCUGCGCCUUCCUCUUCUUCUGGAUCUAUGUUGCCAAGGUGCCGGCGGGGCAGGGCUUGGCUGCCAGCGCCAAGGCCUUUGCCGCGGUGAUGGCCGGCGUGUGGGCAGGUUCCCAGGUGACGAAAGCGCCGCGAGCCGCGCUGGCGCUGGCGCUGGCGCCGCUGGUGGACCGCCUGAUGGGCGUGCUGCAGCGAGUGCUGGGCCUCAAGUCCAAGAAUUCCGUGUUUGGCGUGUUUGUGGCAGCAUGCCUGAGCCUGGCCGCAGCCCUGUUUGGAGUUGUUGUGUUGAGCUGGAGGUGA